UAUUUACUCCAGUGCAUAUAUCCAACUGGCAUGGUACUCUGACCAAUCACAAGCGAGUGUGCUGUGACCAACCCGGAAACAGGAAAAGGGCGAAGCACAACUUCUCAUGUCUCGCCUGGUGUUGACUGGAUGUAAGAACCUUCAAAAGUUAUUAGCAUCACGCAGCUUCAGGUGUGUUUCCAACAGGCCUUUCCACACCAUCCCUCAGACGUCCCUCAACAACAGUCAUAAAGGCCCAGCUCCUAGCCAGAUGGAGCUAAAAGAAGUUGUAAAGGUGUUGGAGGAUAUCGCUCCCCUCUCUUUGGCCGAGUCGUGGGACAACGUGGGCCUGCUGGUGGAGCCGAGCAAGCCGCGGCCCGUGAAAACCAUCCUACUUACCAAUGAUCUCACGAAUGCCGUCAUGGAGGAAGCGGAGGCCAUGAGUUGUGAUCUUCUCAUCUCUUAUCAUCCUCCGCUCUUUCAACCAAUCAAACGUCUGGUCCAGAAGGACUGGAAGCAGCGAUUGGCUAUCCGGGCCGUGGAGGCUGGCAUGGCCAUCUUCUCCCCUCACACUUCAUGGGACAGCGUAAGAGGAGGAGUUAACGACUGGCUGGUUGGCGGACUUGGGCCCGGCCAGGUGUCUGUGCUGAGUCAGGCCUACAUCGCCUUAGAACACACUCACAUGGUGGAGUUCAAAAGCAGGAGUGAGAAUUUAGACGCUCUUCUGGAAGAAUUGACAACACAUUUUGAACAGGAUAUUGAAGUGACACUACAAGAUGCACAGAGAAUUGAUGGUGACUACAGGCAAGUCAGGCUACACUGCAGUGGCUCUGUGCUGACCCCUGUUGUUGAUAAAGUGUUCCAACGCAUCAUUAACUGCCGCUCUCUACACAUCUUUAAGUGUGAAAAGGCACCUCGGUUAGACCACGGCCAGGGGCGCCUCAGUGUCUUAAGCCAGCCAGUAACCGUGUCGACCGCUGUGCAGAAAAUGAAGUCCCACUUGGGUUUGAAGCACGUUCGUUUGGCCAUCGGACAGGGGCGCACGGAAGAGUCGUUUGUUCAUACUGUGGCUGUGUGCGCUGGAUCGGGAGCCUCAGUGCUGAAAGGUGUCAAAGCAGACCUCUACGUCACAGGUGAGAUGUCUCACCAUGAAGUGCUGGAUGCGGUUGCCAAGGGAAUUAGCGUCAUCCUUAGCGAUCACAGCAACAGCGAACGUGGCUAUCUCACGGUCUUCCGGGAGGGACUGACUCAACUUCUUCCUGUCAAUGUCGUCGUGAUGGUGUCGAAGGCUGACCGGGACCCCUUAGUGAUUGUUUGAAGACUUCAUCCUGUCACUUUCUUGUUUCUCUUAAUAAAUAUGUGGCUGGAUUUAUUUUCAUUUUGGAUGACACCACAAAAAAAUUUUGCCAAGGCGUGCAAUGGACAUGUGUUCAUCUCAUGCGUGCAGGGGAUUUAUUUCUGGAAGUUUUAAUCCUGAUAAUCACUCACAUCAUGUUUGCUCCUAUCUAGCAAGCACGAACCUUCCCUAAAUGGAGGGCUGGUAUCAAGCAGGCAGGAGCAACAACCUAAAAAAGAAAAAGAAAAAAAGUAAUCCUCAUCAAGGAUCUUGUUGGAGGGAAUUGGGUCAGAAUGGCUGUACCAUCUACACUUAUCUAGAUACAGCAGACACUUUCUUACAAAGAAUGAGGGUCGAUUUUUCAAAUGAAUGGUAUUGAAAUUUUGGUCCGAUAUUGGCUUUCUUACCGAUAUUUGAAAUGUCGAUUCCUCCCUACAACCAGCGUCUUCUGCAGUAAGUUGUUUUGCAUAACCACAAUAUCGUUCUUACUUGAAAUUCGAAGCCGACAAAAUUGACCCCCAAAAAAAUGUCCUCUGCAGAGGACGCUUGUUCUCAGGAUGAUGUUGCUCAACCGUAGCGAGCAAACUUGUUGCUCUGUGGAACGACACUUACCGAGCGGUUUCCAUUUUAGAUAUCGAAGCAAUAACUUUUCUGAUAUCAUUAUCUGCAAUAAAACAUACCAAUAUA